CACUAUUAAGAGAAAACAUUAUUAUACUUUUCUACUUGGAAUGUAUUUUUUUAUUAAAGUUAUGUUUUAUAUCAUUUGUUUCAUUAUUCACCAUAAGGUACUUUUUAUUUUGUCCCACACUGAUAUGCUACGGCUUUAUAAAAUUAAUUUGUCCUAGGAUUUAAAAAACCAAAUUGAUAAAUUGAACUGUAUAGUCUUAGAACUACCUCAGUUGAUAUUAAAGGAUUUGUUUUGAGAAAUGCAUUUUGAAUUAUAUAACUGGUAAUACAUACUGCAUUGUAAAUAUUGUUAUAGUUUAUUCUUCUAAAUCUUUCCAAGCAUGUAUUACACAUUGAGAAAUAUACAAAUAUCUAGUGAAAUUUGUAAAAAUUGACCCAAUGGGCAGAAUUGAAAGAGGGUAAUUAUUAUUUUUUGAAAUGAUGAUGUUUCUAGAAUUCUUAAAUAAUAUAUCAGCCUAUGUUAACUAUAGCUUCUCAUGUUUAAUGAUGUUUACAAUUAAAAUAAUACAAUAGCAAUGUAUGAUUAACAACCAUAAUUAACUCAGAAUAGAUUCUUCGAAGUGGUUCAAAGGGCUUUCCAUGAUAAAUUACUAGACUUUAAUCAGCUAAUAUAAAGUAUUUUUUUAGACUGAAGAAGUAUAUAUAUGUCUCAUAAAAAUUUUAAUUUAACUUAAUGAAAUGAGUUUAAUGAUCCAGAUUCACCAUACCAACUCUGGGGUAUGUCUGACAUUCCAGUGAAAGUUUUAUUUAGAUGGAGUUGAGGAAUCUUUGAGAUAGUAGGCUUUACACUGUGUUAUCUUGAGUGUUAUAGCUGAGUGGUUUUCCCAGAAUCUCUAAGUCUUGCUCAAACCAUUUUAUGAAUGAAUUGAAUUCAUGAAAUGUUAAUAAACUGGUCUUAGUUUAAAGAAUGUUGACUUGAAAAGUUCACAAAAUUGAAUUUUGCCUAUUAAAAUAUUCUUUCCUCUUAUGAGGCUAGUCCUUGCCAACCUCAGUGAUCAGGUUCUAUCCACUCACACACAGCUGUGAUAAGGAGGGUGAAGAGUGAGCUAAAUAGGGAGGAGGCCUGGGCAAGGUCAUUUCUGCCAGAACACAGAGAUGCCAAGAUCUCAAGGGUGCUGCAGUAUAUAAAAAGGUGCUGCACUUGUGAAUUUAAUACAUACAUACAUACAUACAUAUAUAUAUAAAGAGUAAAAAUGAGGGUUCCUGUAUUUGAGGAUGUGAAAGAUGAAACUGAAGAAGAAAAAACAGGGGAAGAAGAAGAUGAAGAAGAUAAGGUAUUCUUUAAGCCUGUUAUUGAAGACCUGAGUAUGGAAUUGGCCAGAAGGUGCACUGAACUCAUUAGUGAUAUCCAUUAUAAAGAAGAGUAUAAAAAGUCUAAAGACAAGUGUACGUUUGUGACUGACACGCCUAUGCUAAACCAUGUAAAACACAUUGGUGCUUUUAUUUCUGAGGCAAAAUACAAAGGCACCAUUAAGGCGGACCUUUCCAAUUCUCUGUAUAAGCAGAUGCCAGCCACAAUUGACAGUGUCUUUGCCAGAGAAGUUACACAGCUACAGAGUGAGAUUGCCUACAGGCAGAAGCAUGAUGCUGCCAAAGGAGUCUCAGAUUAUGCUCACAUGAAGGAGCCGCCUGAGAUCAAACAUGCCAUGGAGGUCAAUAAGCACCAGAGUAACAUUUUUUAUAGAAAAGAUGUACAGGACACCCACAUGUAUAAUGCAGAGCUUGACAGACCAGACAUCAAGAUGGCGACACAGAUCUCCAAGAUCAUAAGCGAUGCUGAAUACAAGAAAGGGCAAGGAGUAAUGAAUAAAGAGCCUGCUGUAAUUGGAAGACCAGAUUUUGAACAUGCUGUGGAAGCUUCUAAACUUUCUAGUCAAAUUAAAUACAAAGAAAAAUUUGAUAGUGAAAUGAAGGAUAAGAAACAUCUUUACAAUCCUCUUGAAAGUGCUUCUUUUAGGCAAAGUCAGCUGGCCACUGCCCUGGCGAGCAAUGUGAAGUACAAGAAAGACAUUCAGAAUAUGCAUGAUCCAGUUUCAGGUCUCCCAAACUUGUUCUUAGACCACGCUUUGAAAGUCAGCAAAAUGCUAAGCGGACGAGAAUAUAGAAAGGUUUUCGAGGAAAACAAAGGCACGUAUCAUUUUGACGUGGAUGCUGCGGAACACUUGCACCACAAAGGCAACGCCGUGCUCCAGAGUCAGGUGAAGUACAAAGAAGCGUAUGAGAAAAAUAAGGGGAAAUCGAUGCUUGAAUUUGUUGAGACACCGUCAUAUCAAGUUUCAAAGGAGGCUCAGAAGAUGCAGAGUGAGAAAGUUUACAGAGAGGAUUUUGAGAAGGACAUUAAAGGAAGGUCAUCAAUGGAUUUAGACAAGACUCCAGAGUUUUUACAUGUAAAGUACAUCACCAACCUUCUGAAAGAGAAAGAAUAUAAAAAGGAUUUGGAAAAUGAAAUAAAAGGGAAAGGAAUGGAGCUUAAUUCCGAAGUACUUGAUAUUCAAAGAGCAAAACGAGCAUCUGAAAUGACUAGUGAGAAAGAAUACAAGAAAGACCUGGAAUCAGAAAUUAAAGGGAAGGGAAUGCUAGUUGGCACUGACACCCUUGGAAUUCAGCAUGCCAAAAGAGCUUCCGAGAUAGCGAGUGAGAAAGAUUAUAAAAGAGAUCUAGAGACUGAAAUUAGAGGGAAAGGCAUGCAGGUGAGCACAGACACUCUUGAUAUCCAGAGAGCCAAGAAAGCAUCUGAAAUGGCCAGCCAGAAAGAAUAUAAGAAAGACUUAGAAAAUGAAAUUAAAGGGAAAGGAAUGCACAUGAGCAUGGAUGUCCCGGAUAUGCUUCGAGCCAAGAGGGCAUCUGAAAUCUAUAGCCAGAAAAAGUAUAAAGAUGAGGCAGAGAAGAUGCUUUCUAGCUAUUCUACUGUGGCGGAUACUCCUGAAAUUCAGAGAAUUAAGACAACUCAACAAAACGUUAGUGCGGUAUUUUAUAAGAAAGAAGUAGGAGCUGGCACAGCAGUAAAAGAUACUCCUGAGAUUGAACGAGUGAAGAAAAAUCAGCAGAACAUUAGUUCAGUAAAAUACAAAGAAGAGGUGAAACAUGCAACAGCCAUUUCAGAUCCACCAGAACUCAAGAGAGUUAAAGAAAACCAGAAGAACAUCAGCAAUCUCAGGUACAGAGAGCCGUGUGACAGAGCAACUCCGGUGAGCAUGACGCCCGAGAUAGAGAGGGUGAGGCGAAACCAGGCGCAGCUGAGCUCGGUAAAAUACAGAGGAGAGAUUAAACAGGCGACUGCAAUUUCUGAUCCACCAGAGCUGAAGAGAGUGAAAGAAAACCAGAAGAACCUCAGCAAUGUUUAUUAUAAAUCUCAGAUGGGAAGAGCUACAGCUUUAAGUGUGACUCCUGAGAUGGAAAGAGUAAAGAAGAACCAAGAAAAUAUUAGUUCGGUAAAAUAUACCCAGGACCAGAAACAGAUGAAAGGUAGACCAAGUCUGAUUUUAGAUACACCUGGUCUCAGACAUGUCAAAGAAGCUCAAAAUCAUAUUUCAAUGGUGAAAUAUCAUGAAGAUUUUGAAAAGACAAAGGGAAGGGGCUUUACUCCUGUUGUGGAUGACCCUGUGACAGAGCGAGUGAGAAGGAACACCCAGGUUGUCAGCGAUGCCGCCUAUAAAGGUGUCCAUCCUCACAUCGUGGAGAUGGACAGGAGACCUGGAAUCAUUGUUGCACCUGUUCUUCCUGGAGCCUACCAGCAAAGCCAUUCUCAAGGCUAUGGGUACAUGCACCAGACCAGCCUGUCAUCUGUGAGGUCAAUGCAGCAUUCACCAAAUCUAAGGACCUACCGAGCCAUGUACGAUUACAGCGCCCAGGAUGAAGAUGAAGUCUCCUUCAGAGAUGGUGACUACAUCGUCAACGUGCAGCCCAUUGACGACGGCUGGAUGUACGGCACGGUGCAGAGAACUGGAAAAACCGGGAUGCUUCCAGCGAAUUACAUUGAGUUUGUUAAUUAAUCAUUUCUCCUUGCCCUUUGAGCUUUGUUCUAAUGUAUACUAAACCCAAUCUUUUUAAAAGAUAGAAGAUACUUUUAAGACAACUUGGCAGUUAUUUUACAAUAAUCUAUCCUUCCUUUGACAAUUAGACACGCAGGUACCAGGAAGAAGGAAUGACUUCUGGGCUGAAAAAUAGCAGCAUUUUUGGUAAUUGAUAUUAACAAAUAAUCAGGUCUGGAGACCUGGUGCUGCUAGUUGUGUUAAUGGUUUCCUUUGAUUGGCUACUGAAACCUUCUGGGAAAACAUAUUUUUGUAAACUUUAAUAGAGAUGUUGAUUGUCCCUCAAAUGUCACAAAUAUAUGAAACUUCUUAGCUGUCACUUUGGAAUCACCAGAAGCCAGUCCUCUUAAUUCAAUAACACAGCUGAUAAUUUAAAAACCAUUUAGCUUUCGAGUCACAAGGCAAUUUCCAAUUCAAGUGAAAAUUGCCUAAAUAUAAUAAAUGUAAGCAGUGGAAGACUGACAGUUCUGUUAAAAUUAUACUGACUGGUGGCCUUAGGGAUCUAGAAACUUUCAAUGAACAAAGAAAUUUCCUUGUUCCCUGGGCCAACUUGGGUCUAUUUAUUUCUCAUUUGUACCGAGACAUAUCCUAUUCUCCAUUUACAUUCUAUGAACCUAAGUACACGCUUGGCUCCAUAGAAUGUCAGGACCAAAUAACUUCACAGCUACUCUGCAAAGGGCAAAAUUUAAGGUCAUGUAUGUUAUUUCCCUAAUACUAAUAGCCUUUACCCUGUUGCAUGUCAUGUAGGUUCAAGCUUCUGUAACAUAGGCAGCUGCACUCCCUGUUCCUGUUAUUCAAACAAAAAGUGUGGCCGAUACCUAAAAGCCCUACCCUCUAGAUGCCAGCUCAUCAGAAAAGCAUAACUUGAAAAGUUGCUUGAGAUUCUCCUGCUGCAUUGCACUCUAGUUUUGAAGGAUUUACACCUUAGGAAAUAGAUGUAUACACUAGCAAAUAAGUGAUUUAGGCAUUUAUUGAACAGCUUCAUUAACUUAAUGCCACUGUUGACUUAAAAAUUAAGAAAACUUCCCAGAAGCCAGUGACAAAGCUGGAAUAUGAAGUGUGCUGGGAGAAAUCAAUGAACAGAAGAUAACCAGCUGCACACACAGAGAGACAGGUGAUCUGGUUUCUUAUUUGGGAAAACAGUAUUCAGAUUCUUGGAUGGAAAUCUAGCUACUGAAAUUGCUUAAUGAAAAGAUUUCCUUUCCACUUUCUGGUUUUUAUUUUCUAAAUCACAUUUUGAACUGAGAGGGGGAUGUCACCAGAGAUUUGACAAGUUGUUCAUUAAAAAAGAAAUCGUUGUCACAUUUUAAUUUUCCAAUGAGUGACUUUGCAGGCUCUUGCUGGAUUCGCAGCGAUGACCAUCACGUUAUGAAGUUUUUACCUGGAGUCCACAGUCGAGAUCACUGGAGAGGUUCACGCCCAUCAGCAACUCUGGGUUUUUCUGAUUGUGCCAUUAGUGAGACUUGCAACAGGGUAGCAGUCAUGUAGGGUCUGACUUUACAGCUGUGAUGAAACUGAAAAAGCAAAAUGUAAUUAUAAACAUGUAAUCAAAUAUAUGGGCCGUGGGGAUAUCUGCCUUAAUGACAUAUUCAAAGAAAUUAACAAAAUAAGCUGUAAAACAUCUUUUCUUGAAAUAUUUAUUAGUCCAAAGACAAAUAUUAAUUCAUUUACACCUUUGAAAAGUAAGCACAUAGUUUUGAAAUCUAUAGUCUCAUUUUUAUCAGGCUAAAAGAGUAAUUAGAUAAGCUUUAUUACACUCAAGCAACAUACUAUAUGACACUGAUGUAAAACUGAGAAGAGAAAAGUUCAGGAAAAUGACUAGAGGUUAUUUGAGGGGGUUUUACAGAUCACCACAUAAUCAGCUUGCCUGAUUUUCUGUCACUGAAAUGAUCAGUUGCAAUUCAAUUUAUUAAACCCCAUACUGGUUUUGGUGUCUUAUACACAAACCUACGAAAACAAGCAGAACUUGGAAUAUUCUUUCAAAAAUUCUUUUCCAUUAAAACUGAGGGCAACUAAGCUUGCUUAGUUUUAUUAUGCCAUUAAAUAAAUAUUUAUGAUUCACCCAGACAGACUACUUUUUGUGAUUAUAAGAGAGUAGUUGUUGAUUAAAUCUGCAAACUCAAUGUGGGAUGGGUACACUUUUUGAUAAGUAGCACAUUUAUAGGAAGCUCAAAGGAAACCAAUUUGAAAUGAUGAUUAUAAUGGGAAACAGCUUACUGUUUCAUUGUUUUUCUCUUCCACUUAUUUCAAAAUCAGAUUCACUGAAUGUAAAGUCAAUACUUAUUUGGGGAGUAGUUUUCCCCAAAUUUUAAGCUUCACAUAAUGUUUGCAUAAGAACUGAUCAGAAUUUAACUAGAGGGCAGUUAUUUUACAAUAAAGACUGAGGGACAACAAGUUGCACCCGCUCCUGAUGCUAUAAUUUGAUGGUGUUGUCACUGUUAUUAAAGCCUGUCAGGAUAUUAAGCAUCUCAGCAGAAAUACAGAAAAAAAUAUAUGUAUAAAACCAAAGUGCUAUUUUUACAGCAUCAUUUUCAAGACUACAUUCUCGAACACCUUUUCCCCUUUCCACACGUCCCCCCUCUUGUUUUCAAUUUGGCAACAGUUAUAUCCUACAUAAUAUGACAGCUCAAGAAGGGUUUUAAAAAAACAAGUCUUUUAAAAAUCAAGUUAAAGAGGGCUGUAAAUGCCCGAGCACAGAGAGCAUGCACCUGAUUUUCUAAUUGUAAUGUGUUCUCAAACCUGAUAAAAGCACAAGGGCAGUUUGAUACGCUUUUAAAAGGUUCCGAAAACAGAACUUAGAUGGAUCAUCUCUCUUGAGCAGAGCAUAGCAACCGAAUAUAUCGCUUGUGGUGUAAGUUUUUGUAGUGAGUGUUUUUACUAAUUCUUGUUCUCUGGGAAAGCUUUCUAUUUCUAACCUGUGACAAGGCACGCCUUCAUGUCUCCUUUUUAUUGUUUACACAUCCACAGUGUAGCCCACUUGGAAAUAAUUAUCCGGUUGUCAGAUCUCCACACUGUCCCUGCAUCUUCUCAGGCUUCCCCCACCUCAGAGACCACACAGAAAUUUGCAAGCACAGUUCCCAGGAGCACCUUUUCUGAAUGUGGAUGCGAUUAGACCAGCCCCUCUCUUGCCGCCAGGUUCAUUACUUGAGGAUGGUGAACAUAUAGUUUUGCCAGUCUCGCUACAGUCUUUCUUUCCUUAUCUUGUCUGUAUUGAGCUUGACAACACUCUGGGAUUUGGGAAGAUUUCCCUAAACACACAGUGGAAACUUAAGAGGCGCAUCUUUUCUUCAGGUUUACCCAUCUCCAGUGGAAUGUUUUUUAAUGAAAAGAUUAAAGAAAUUGUGUGUGAUCCUUUAAUAACACCCUCUAUAUAAAGUGGAUAUAGUUUAUACCAAAAUUAUACUUAUAUAGAGAUAAAAAAUAUCAGUGCCUUUUUGAUUACCCUUGUUUAUUCAUUAUGGUCUUGGAAAGAAAACCAGGCAAGCAAGCUUCUGCCUAUUCUAUAGUAAUAUUUUAUUGUAUGAUUAUUGGUAUUUUUGUGGUGGGGAAGUGAGAUGCUCCUGAUGGUUAGGAAAGGUGAUAACUGAUUGUAUUUUACCUCUAGAGGUUUAGAACUUUAGAAAAUACCAACUUCUUUAGUCUAUUUCUGAAAGAUUCUUUGUGAAUUUAUACAUGGUUGAGAUGCAUAAACAUAAACUUUAGGUUUGAGAUUUAAAAUGCCUAUUGUAAGUUAGAAGAAUUAUGUUAUGAGGCUGAAUUCAUUACACCAGAUGAAAUUCACUUCAUAAGUCCAUUAUACCUUAGCUAUUUGCUUCUGAUAAUCUGAAAGUGGUUAGAGUAUGGUUGUUUGUGGUAACUUGACAUGGAGGUGAGAAAGCUUUAGUUACUAAGAAGCUCUGUAAACCAAGUGAAGAAUGCUAAAAUGAAAGUCUCUUUUUGAAGUAUUCCACACUCAUUAAAGGUUCUUUCCAGGCAAUUAUCCACUAGCACUGAUUCAAGAAAAUCAAGACAUUGUAUGAUGCUUCUGUGGCCAUCAUUUCCUGAUGCUUAGACUACUGGAUCCACAAGCCUGGAAGGACCCCUGGGGCAAAUCUACGCCCUAGUUGUCCUUUUUACUUCAGUAUCUUCAUGGGAAUUCCAUAUGCUUUUUGUGUUUGAUAUAUGGUAUUCAAUUUGCAUAGUAUACACUUCUUUGUAUCCAGUUGCUGUUAAGAAUGAUUUACUUUAAAGGAAAAGAGAAAACUACAUCAUAGUUCCCUUCUUUAGUGUUCAUACAAUGAACGGCUGAGCAUUUAUAAGUAGCACCAAGUGUAUUACAGGCAGGGUGUGGAAUCUUUGCUCUUUGACCUGUGAUUAAAACAUGAACUUGAAUCCUUGUGCAGAUUGGUUUCUAUUUGCUUCAAAAUAUGUAGAAUUGUGGUUGAUGAUUAAUUUGCAAGAUUGUACUAACUUUGAGAGCUUACAGUUUUAUAGAAAACACUUCAUGUUUUAAAAUGAAGGAGCUUACAGAAUGACACGUUAUUAAUAUAAUUUGGCUUUUGUUAUGCAAAUUGUUAACACCAGCUAUUAAAAUAUAUUUUAGUAGAAAUGCUUUAAUUCAUAUUUUUUCCUCUACACUGUGAAUCUUUAAGCCUUGGUGGACUAGAGCAACAUCGUGCUGCCCAAAGGACUAACCUAUGCAAACUAGUUCACAUUUUAGUGGAUGUCACAGUAAUUGUGUAAUAUGCUGUUAUUUCCCCCGCAUAAUGUAUAGCAGCACUGAAAUAACACAUUCAGCUGAGCAUCGUGUAUGUAUAGUUACUCACAAACCCUUCAAGGCUACCAUGAUCAUUAGAAUUAUCAUUCAUGUAAGAGCAGAUUGCUGAUUUAUCUAUUGAAACCAUUCGAACGAUGUCAGAACAAGAAUUACAGGUGGAUGCAUCGGCCAUGGCUCCCAAGUGGUCCCUGCGAGUGUUCUCCUGUGAUGAAGCCUCGUUCUCAGAUGCACUCUCUCCAGGGUAUUAUUAUUCUGUGUCUUCUUUCUGUAUUUGUAAAAUGUUAUAACGCUUUAAUUUCCUAUCUCUACACAUUCGGUUUGCUUAAAUAAAUGCAGGAUGUAACAAAAUGGUUCCACUUGUCAGUUCUCACCUUGGUUUCUUAGAGCAGUGCUCAUUAAUAAUACCCUGGGUGUGGGUUUAUUGUGACAACUCACGUCAAAUUGCCUCAAAGGUCUGUGCCGGCCUCAGACCGCUUACCUUGGUGAGCCGUUCAGAAUGUGUCUUCCUCCUACACAUAAACUUAGCUUUAAAUGAAAACAAUAGUAUGCUUUUUCAAGCUGAGUCUCUUUUUUAUUUUAUAUCAAAGUGCUACAGUAAUCCAUCAUUGUAGUUCACUGCUUCCAAGACUGACUUCCUCAUAUGUCCUCAAUAGUACGACUUUAAUUUUCUUGUGUUUGAAAGAUGAAAGAAACAGCUUGCAGCAAAGAAUAGAAAAUGCUCAAACUGGGUACAUGAAACAGGGAGAUGCUCUGAUUUCCCAACUCAGAAUGGCUCAUUUAUCAUAGAGGAUAAUUGCUUUUUCCCCUAAUUUUCCCAUAGUUGGAAAAAGUGAGUUUGUUCCUUUCUUUGCCCUCAUGUAAAUCUACUGAGACUAGGGUCUUAGCUUUAUUGUGUUAUUUUGUAACAGUUCUUUGAUGGUGCCUAAAUUCUCCUAAUUAUUAACUGAUAAAGUCUGCUGAUGACACAUUUAGUGCUCUUGCGCAAAGAAUACUCUUCCUAAUCUUGAAUUUUCUGUUUUUCAUAUUCCAAAAGUAUGAAAUAUUUGUAUGCUAUUAAUCAUUAAACAUACUUAUAAUAUUUCAAAUGG